UUAUAGAGCCAGAUUUGGAGGGACACUCCCUCCUCAGAAAGGGCGAUCGGGAGGGAGGGAGGAAGCCCCUUUGCAGAACUGCGUUUGCACGUGUUAAUCUGUGCCUGCCCUCCCGGAAGUGAGCCCCAUGGUGUUCAGUGGGGCUUACUCCCAGGAAAGCGUGCCUGGGAUCCCCUUUGACUCCUCUUAGCAAGGCUUGGCUCAGGCCCUUUUCUGUUCUCCUCGCAGUCCUCCUCCGGAAACUGGUUUAUUUUAAUGAAGUGCAGCCUGCAGGAGUUGUCGCCCUGAGGCAGAGUGCCUGGAGCUUUGCAUGCAGAAGGCCCCAAAUUCAAUCCCCAUCAUCUCCAGGAGAAGCCCCUCGUGCCAGCCUUGGCCAUUUUUCCUCCCCCAUUCCCCUCUUUUUUUAAUCUAGAGACUGUAAAACACCAUCGCUGUGAGACUCAGAGUGGCUGGUGGCAAAAUGGAAGUUGCACCAUUUGGGCCCAAACUGUGGGAAGGGCCAGUGGGAGCUGGAAAGGCCCCCCAACCAGGAAGGCAUAUCAGAGGUUUCCUACAAAGGACGUGGGGAGAACAGAUUAAACAAGAACCCGACGACGGACUCCAUCGGCACUGGGAAGCCCAGUUGCAGGAAUUCCUGAGGACCCUGGAGUCUCCCCAGUCUGGCUGGGGAACCCCACAAUUGCCAGAGCAGCCCAGGCCAUGGGAUGAUGCAAAGGGCUUCCUGGCCUCCUUUGAGCAAGUGGCUGAAGCCUGCCGGUGGCCCAGGAAGGAGUGGGUGGCCCGACUCUUGCCGGCCCUCAGCGGGGAUGCCGAGCGGGCCUUUAGCAGGCUGGAGGCCAGAGACAGAGAGUAUUAUGGGAAAGUGAAGGCUGCCAUCUUGCAGUGGGACAAUUUCAGGAGGGAGAAUCGGCGUCAACACUUCCGGCGUUUUUGCUACCAGGAGGCCGAGGGGCCGAGAGGGGCUUAUAGCCGGCUCCAGGAACUUUGUAACGGGUGGCUGAAAGCAGAGAAACACACCAAGGAGCAGAUCCUGGAGUUGCUUAUUCUCGAACAGCUCUUGACUGUCCUGCCUGCCGAGGUCCAGAACUGGGUCAGAGGGCGAAGCCCAGAGACCUGCUCCCAGGCGGUGUCCCUGGCCGAGGAUUUCCUGCUGAGGCAGCGAGAGGCUGCGAGGCAGCAACCGCAGGGGCUGAUUCCCCUGGAGGAAGAGGCAGUGGCUGUGAGUUCCUCUGACAUUCCGGCUGACCCUGGAUGGAGGCCGUUCAGCAGGCCGGCCAAGGAGGAACAAGAAGGUGGGGAUCCUCGGCUGUUGGCAACAAAAGGUUGGAUGAGUGUAAACAAGGAGGAAAAAUAUAUACCGGAGGAAGCAGAUCCAGCUGCAACGUCUGUAGGGACAAGGGAAGAGAAUGUCCCCCAGGGUCAUGAGCGGGAAAACAUCUCCGGGAGUCAGCUCAGACCAGAGGACCAGUGGGAAGCUUGUCCAGAGAAGAUUGAUCAAGAAACCUUGCUUGGUGGAGGAGGUGAUGUGGAAAUUGCUGUCCAGCAACGAAUCUGCACCAGUAAGAGACAGAAGGCAUACUACAGGGAUCAGGAACCUGCAUGUUAUGGCCAACUGAGUGAGUGUGAAGAGAAAUACAGCCAACUGGAAUGCCCAGAGGUGCAACAGGACAGGGUGUAUCCAGGAACAGUAGCAGAGAAUGUUUCCCAGCUUAGACGCGAGACAGUCCACAUCCAAGAAGAACCAUUUCAGUGUACUGACUGUGGGAAGAGUUUCAACCGCAAGCAAAACCUCAUGAGACACCAGCUGAUCCACACUGGGGAAAAACCCUUCAAGUGCUCUGCCUGCAGGAAAACCUUUGUUCAGAUUUCAGACCUUACAAGACAUGAGAGAACCCACACAGGAGAAAAGCCAUAUGGGUGUUCCUUCUGUGAGAAAAGGUUCAACUGCAAUUCCAACCUCCUCAUGCACGAAAGGAUCCACACUGGGGAGAAACCAUUCAAGUGUUCUGCAUGUGGGAAAACUUUUGUUCAGAUUUCUGACCUUACGAGACAUGAGAGAACCCACACAGGGGAAAGGCCUUACGGGUGCUCCUUCUGUGAAAAAAGGUUCAGCUGCAAUUCACAUCUCCUUGUGCACCAAAGAAUCCACACUGGAGAGAAGAAGCCACAUCAGUGUGCCACCUGUGGCAAGAGUUUCAGCUACCAAUCGGUCCUGCUCGCUCACAUGACGGUGCACACAGGGGAGAAGCCUCAUGCGUGCUCACAGUGUGGGAAGCGGUUCCAUUCCCGCCCAGGCCUGAUCCGUCACAGAAAGAGUCAUGUUGGUGAGAAACAGCACAAGUGCUCUUACUGUGCAGAGACCUUCAGUCAGCGGCCCCACCUUAUUCUCCAUGAGCGGACAGCACACAUGGGGGCCAAACGGUAUCAUUGCUCAACCUGCGGGAAGAGCUUCAGUGCUAAUUCAACUCUGACUAAGCAUGAAAUCAUUCACAGGGAGGAAACCACGUAAACUGGGGUGGGGAGCCUGUGGCCUUCCAGACAAUGUUGGACCCCAACUCCCCAUCAGCCCCAGCCAGCAUGCCCAGUGGACACAGCUGAUGGGACAUGGAAUCAAGCAACGUCUGGAGGGUUUGCCAUCCUGAUGCAAAUGCUUGGAGGGGUGUGUGAGGGAAAGUCUUGCUUGCUGUUCUCGACUACUCCAUAACAAAAUGGGAGGGGGGAGACUCCUGAGGUGGCAGAAUGGACUGCACCAUUAUAUUGGGGGAGGGGUGCCAUUAAUGAGUACUAUCCUACUCCUUGUAUUUUUGUUUUGCUUUUUUAAAGGUUUUGUUAGAGUCGACUUCCUGCUUUGCUAAUUUUCUUAAUGCAGGGAGUGCUUCAUACAGGGAAGCACUCCAAAGUUGUAUUCUUCCUGCCGCCCCUACCCCAUUUGAAGUGAGUCAUUCCAUUCAGCUACCUCAAAACUCAACCUCUUUCAGCUAUGUGUGAAGACCAGGCCUUGGAUAACGCUUAUGAAAAAUACCCAUAGCUGUGUGGGCAUCACAAAUGUUAGUUGUGCACACUAGAAAAAAAUGGAGAAUCACAACUGUUCAUUUUUUUGUUUUUAAAGUUUCUAGCCCUCAUGAUUGUGAAGCUAUGCUUGAAAGUGUUCUAGCAGCAGUAGCUGAAUUCUCACUCUCCCUUUUAAGAUUUCCGAGAGGUUGGGUUUAGAUCAGCCUAUUGGCCAAAUUAGGCCCACCAGCAUUCCCUGUUUGGCCUGCGAGGCCAUCUUGGCCAGUCCACUUGCCCUACCCUUGACCUUGUAUAUGAUCAGCUCGUUAGCAGCCCCUGCGAAGUUCAAGGACGCGUUCCAGCCAGGCAAAAUCUCUCAAGGAGAGUGGAAAGGGGAAUGGUGAGGGAAAGUCCCAAGGACCAGAUAGUGAUGAGGCCUUGGAGGGCCGCAUUUGGCCCCCAGGCCUGAGGUACCCCAUCCCUAAUUUUGAAACAUAUAGUAGGGAAAAAUUCUGAGUAUAAAUAAUGUCCUUCUUAUGUUUUGUUUUAAUCAAGAUUAAAAAGUACUGGAAAGCAAUCGGAAAUAGAACGUUAGUAUGGUUUAAUGCUUAGAAAUGUUGGACCAGAACCACAUGGCAGAAUCCUGUACAUGGUGAAUCCUUCCAUUUACGUCAGUGCCAUUUGGCGUGACUGACAAACUUGAUCUCAUGACAGAAGAUGACUUUGCUCUCCCAUUCCAUAACUCGGAAUUUGGCCCUGUCACUCAGGCUUUGUAAGUGAGGCCAGUAUACUAGUUUGAAGCCCUCAAUGACUUUGGCCCCAAAUAUCUGAAAGACCGCCUCCUUCCCUAAAGUCCGUCUCGGGUGUUGCGAUCAGCAGAGGGGGGCCCUCUUGGUAUUUCCCCUGCUCUCAGAAGUUGGGGGGUGGAGAUCUGGGAGAGGACAUUCUCUGCGGCAGCCCUUAAGCUGUGGCACUCCUUCCCUGCAGAGCUGCGUCUGGCACCUUCAUUAUAUAGGUUUCAUUAUAUGCUGAAGAUGAACCUCUACUCUGCCUUUGGACACCUGAGAUACAUAUGUAUAUAUAGAUAUAUGAAAACCUAGCCUGUUCUUUUGAUUGUAAAUUAUUUAAAACUGAUUUUAAUCCUGUAUUUUUAUAUUAUUGUAAACCCCCUGGGAUCUUACAGUGAAGGAUGGGAAAGGCAUCCAGUUAAUAAUAAUAAUAGUGAGAAUGUAUAUUGUGUGUGUGAAUUUUCUUGUAAAUGUGUACUUGCAGCUUGUUUUUUCUAAAUAAACAUU